AAAUACCAGUCAAAAGUCAUUACCUCCUUUCUGAAUACCUGUUUAACUCCUCCCGUCUUUAAAUUAAAUUCUUCGUUCAAUCGCCUGUGUCAACUGUGAACUGUGAAGUGCGAACUAAUAAGAACGAAGAAGAAAGAACUAACCACAACUCAAACAACGUCUGUCUACAAGUGAAGACCCAUUCUGAACUCUUAAUUGGAUCGGUAAUAGCGUAUAAGUGAGAAUAUGAGCAAGAGGCCGCCUCCUGAUCCUGUUGCUGUACUAAGAGGCCAUCGUGCUUCUAUAAUGGAUGUUUGUUUCCAUUCAUCUAAACCUAUUCUAUUCACUGGUUCGUCUGAUGGUGAGUUGCGAAUUUGGGAUACGCUUCAGCAUCGAACAAUAUCAUCUUCUUGGGUGCAUAGUGCAGCUCAUGGAAUAAUAGCUGUUGCCAACAGUCCUGUGAUUGGGAUUGACAAAGUUGUCAGCCAGGGUAGGGAUGGAACUGUUAAGUUGUGGGAUAUCAAAGAGGGAGGUUUGCCCAGGGUACCUGCACUUACAAUCAAGACGAACUCAUACCACUUCUGCAAGCUUUCCUUAGUGAAGAAAUCUUGUGCUAAUGUGAGGCAAGAUGAAGUGCAUAAUCACGAAAAUGAGGAGAAUUUGGAAACUGUUGAUGCAAAUAUUUCAUGCGAUACAGAAGGAAAGCACAAAGAAGUUUCAAUGAAGUGCUCUGACACCUCUGAAGUUUCAGAAGAUAGUAUUACUGGACAAAAGUUUGUUGCUAUAGCAGGGGAGCAGUCAUCUGAGGUUGAGAUAUGGGACCUUAAUACUGCAGAAAGGAUUUCUCGGUUACCUCAGAAUUCCUUUGGUGGUUCACCAAGUAUUUCUACCAAUAAAAGAGGGAUGUGCAUGGCUGUUCAAGCAUAUCUACCAACAGAAUCACAAGGAUUCCUAAAUGUCUUGGCUGGUUAUGAGGAUGGUUCUAUGCUUUGGUGGGACAUGCGAAACCCAGGUGUUCCUGUAACUUCUGUGAAGUUCCAUACGGAGCCAGUUCUUAGCCUAUGCAUCGAUGGGCUGUGUAAAGGUGGCAUCUCUGGCUCAGCUGAUGAUAAAAUUGUGUUAUUUAGUUUGGAUCUUUCUAUGGGUUCCUGUGUGAUCAAGAAAGAGAUUAUCUUGGAACGACCUGGUAUAUCAGGCACCUCAAUCCGAGCAGAUGGCAAAAUUGCUGCAACGGCUGGGUGGGAUCACAGUUUGGGCUGCUGUGUAGAAAGCCAGGGUACUAUUUAGUUUGAUUACAGGUUAUGAAACUUGAUAAUUGAUUUUAUUCAAAUUCAUAUAUUUUGCUUUCUUAAUCUAUAAUGAGAUGCUUUUGGAAGUAAAUGGUUAUAAGAUGUUAAUUUCUCAAGCCAGUUUGAAAUAUAAAAUCUCAGGGAAGUUUAUAAAGAGAAGAAGGAGAAGAAGAGAUCGUAUGUCUGAAUUUUUCAAGUGGUUUAUCAAGUAAUGCCUUUCUUAUUUUUCCGUGUGUGUGUUACCACUUCUAUUUCCAUCAUGCACCAUGGAAAUGUUCUCCAUUGCAAAACAUCUUCAAGUUUCACUGCCAAUGAUAGUUAAAGAAUGAUUCUCACGUGGAAUAAAAAGCAGGGUAACCUCAGUUCAACCCAACAUUACUUCCAAUUUGGUUUUGUUCAUCUACAAGCUUCUAUACAUCUCUUUGCUUUAGAUCCUUGACUAGAGCCAUAUUCUUUCUGAAAUACUAUUCCUUCUAAAAACUUCCACUUAGAUCAUUAGUCUACUUCUCAUCCUUUUUCAUUCAUUUUAGUUGAAUGCAUGCACCAACUCUUCUCACUGGUUUAUGUAGUAAAACCAUCUUAAGGGCUUCCCUAAGCUCAUCAGUUGGUUUGUGCUGCAUUUUCCUUUCAGCUAAAUGAAUUUUGUCCUUGCCUAGAUUAGCACGCAUCUAUCAUUAUAAUGUAUCCCUUCGAUAUUCAUUUUAUGGAUUUGUUAUUUAUUAUCAACAUUCCAUGAUCUUAUUGAUAAAAUUGUGGUUAUAAGCUUCUGACGAGUUAACAUUUUACAUUUCAGCUCAAUUUGAAUAUUUAGAAAUUAGAACAGAAAAGACUUCCAUCGUGGGAGGUUAUCAUCAAGCACAAACUCUUAGAUUAUUUAAAUAUUAUGAAAUUUGGAAACCGUGAUCUUUCCCUUUUUUAUUGAGAAAACUGCUCCCAAAUUUGAAUUAUGCUGGGUCAUUGUUUUUUAUUUGUUUGUUUCCUUUGA